AUGAUGCUAGCUAUAUACAUUCUCCUGUAUUUUAGUCCACUUGUAACCUCACAAAAGAGCAAAAUUAUAAUCGGACUAUUCAUUGGGGACGAAACUUUACCAUUCGGAAUUCAUCGGGCUGGACCAGCAAUAGACCUGGGGAUUGAGAAGCUGAAUGAAAUUGUUGGAGAUAAAUUUGACGUAGAAGUGAUUCGGCAUAUUUCCGGAUCUGAAUGUGUUCUAGACCUCACGGGGAUUUUUGCGACAGCUGCAGCUACGAUGUACCAUGAAGGAAAAGUAAAUGCAUUUAUUGGACCAAUUUUUAUCAUCGUCUGUGACAGUGAGGCUCUCAGAAAUUUGAUGAUGAUGGCACAUUCAAUGGGAAUGACAAAUGGGGAUUACGUUUUCCUUUUUUUCUAUGCCUUUCAUGGGUUUGUUACUGGGGAUAUUUCUUGGGAAAAAAGCGACGAAAACGACGAGAUUGUUAAGAAGGCUUACGAAUCAUUGCUUGUCGUCAGUCUCUAUAAAUCAAGGAGUAAGAAAUUUAAGGAAUUUGAAGUCCAUCUGAAAAAUGAGUCAUUGAAGAUCUACAACUACACUUACGAAGAUCGGGAAGAUGUAAAUCCUCAUGUGAUGGCGUUUUAUAACUCCUUUCUGUUAUAUGGGAAAGCUCUAAGGGAGACAAUGGAGGACGGAGACGAUUAUAGAGAUAGCACUCAAAUAAAUAAACGAAUCUGGAAUAGAACCUUUGACGGUAUCAAUGGACAACUGCACAUCGACUCCAAAGGCGACCUAGAUGUAUACAUGACUUUACUUGAUUUAGAUCCAGAUACUGGAGACUUUAUCUUAAAAGGUUUAUCAGAUGAUGUGAGCAUUUUGGAUAGAGAAGAACAACAUACAGCAUACUAUAAGGGAACCAAAGUCUCAUUAUCAAAAUCAAAACGAAAACAGUUUACAACGAAUCGAAGACUCUUUAUGGAAUUAUUACAGUUACGAGAUGUAAACUGCCACAACCUGGCGAAAUUCAUCGGACUUGCCGAGAGUGAAUCAGGAGUAUUUAUAGUAACAGAAUUCUGCUCACGCGGUGAACUAAGAGAUAUCCUGGGCAACGAAUCAUUCAAAUUGAACAUGGAGUUCUGCAUUUCUCUUAUAUGUGAUAUAAUUCAGGCAAUGGAGUAUAUUCAUUCCUCCAGUAUACGAUUCCAUGGCCACCUAAAUAGCCAGAAUUGCGUCAUUGACAGUAGAUUUGUUCUCAAGGUGACAGAUUAUGGAAUUCGAUCCAUCAGAGAUUUCGAUAUUGACGAUUGCCUUGGAGAAUGCUUAUGGUUGGCUCCAGAGAUUCUCCGAAAAUUUUCAUCGAAGAGAGAAAUUUGGGAAAUGCAGAGUGCUGACAUAUACAGCUUUGGCAUAAUAAUGUAUGAAAUUCUGUCUCGGAAAGAACCAUUUGAGGAUGAUAAAGACUUUCUGACGUUGGAAGAAAUAAUAGAAAAGCUAAAAGACUUCGAAGAAACACCGUUUCGACCGAGACUAGAUAUGGUAGAAAUAGACAAAGACAUAGAGAUGUUAAUGAAGAGAUGCUGGGACGAAGAUCCUAAGGCAAGACCAAACUUUUCUGCCAUUCGAAAGGAUUCCAGAAGACUACAUUGGAAUAAAUCUGGUGACAAGUUACUAGACACCCUUUUGUCUCGGAUGGAGGAGUACGCAGAUAACCUUGAGGGUUUGGUAGAGGAGAGGACCCAGAACUUGAUAGAGGAGAAAAUGAGAUCUGACGAGCUCUUAUACCAAGUUCUGCCGAGAAGUGUUGCCAUUGAGCUUAAGAGUGGUCGAGUCGUAGAUCCAGAAGCUUUUGCAUGUGUGACCAUAUAUUUUAGUGACAUUGUUGGUUUUACCCAACUUUCGUCAGAGAGCACACCAAUGCAGGUAGUCGAUCUGUUGAAUGACCUAUAUACCUGUUUUGACAGAAUCAUAGACAACUAUGAUGUUUACAAGGUUGAGACUAUUGGAGAUGCCUAUAUGGUUGUUUCUGGUCUGCCCCAGAGGAACGGUGACCAACAUUCAAUAGAAAUAGCGAGAAUGGCAUUAUCUGUUUUAGAAAGCGUAAAAGUGUUCAAAAUCAGACACCGACCAGACAUGCCAUUACGCGCUCGGAUUGGAAUACAUUCUGGACCAGUCUGUGCUGGAGUAGUGGGUCGUAAAAUGCCCCGAUACUGUCUAUUUGGGGACACAGUCAACACGGCGUCACGAAUGGAGUCCAAUGGAGAAGCAAUGAAAAUACAUGUCAGCGAUAGCACACGGAAUUUACUGUACAGAAAUCCCGAAUUUUCUCUAGAAGAUCGAGGAGAGUUACAGAUAAAGGGUAAAGGUAUCAUGAAAACGUAUUGGUUGAUACCUCCUACGUCACAAUCAGGCAUUAUUUGA